AUGAUGUAUCGUUGUAUUGGCAUGAACGAAGAUGAUUGUCGAUUUCAAUCUAUCUUAUGGCGUUUCGAUCUCGAUCAACCUGUCGAAGUAUUCGAGCUCACAACUGUGACAUACGGAACAGGUCCAGCCGCUGCCGAUUCUACUGCCUGUGUCAACGAAGUAGCUGACACAGAAGUACCCGAAGAUGAACCCGAAGUGAAAGAAGCGAUAAAGGAAAUGACCUACAUGGACGAUAUUCUAUCUGGUGCAGAAAACGUUCAAGCAGCUAUCGUUAAAGCGCAAAAAAUUCACAACGCGCUUAUGAAAGCUCAAUUUCCUUUGCGUAAAUACGUCUCGAACUCGACUGAAUUUCUCGCCUCACUCGCUCCUGAACUCGUUGAAGAAUUGAAACCAGUGUCGUUUGGCUCUGACGGUGUUGCAAAAAUACUUGGUCUUCAAUGGUACCCGAACGAAGAUGUGCUGCGUGUUCACCAUCAAACGGUGGAUAUUUCGAAAGUCACUCUUACCAAACGAGUGGUAUCAUCGUUAAUUGCCAGCAUCUUCGAUCCGCUCGGUCUCGUAAACCCCAUAUUGAUUCGAGGUAAAAUCUUGCUUCAAGAAAUAUGGCGGCAAGAUUUGGCGUGGGAUGACCAAAUUCCUCACAAAAUUGAAAAAAGUUUUCGAGAAUACUACCAAGACCUUGAAAAGCUGUUUUCUAUUCAAAUACCUCGCGCUUACUCGACAUUUGCUCCUGAUCGCUUCGAAUUAAUUGGAUUCAGUGAUGCAAGUGAAAAAGCUUACGGUGCUGUCGUCUACAUCAAAUCGUAUUCUUCAUCAUCAAUCGCUGUCUCGCUCGUUGCCUCAAAGUCGAAAGUCACACCGAUAAAGGAGCUCAAAGUUCAUCGACUCGAAUUACUCGGUGCUGUACUGCUCGUUAAUCUACUCUCGAAUAUCUCCAAAAUGCUGAAAUACGACGUCUUGAAGUCACGAGUCUUCUCAGAUUCUCAAGUCGCACUCGCUUGGCUGAAAGGUCCAGCAUCUCGAUUCGAUACCUUCGUACGCAAUCGUAUCGAACACGUCAACUCGAUCAUACCGUACGCUCAAUGGAGUUACGUCAACACGAAAGAAAAUCCUGCUGAUUUGGUCACUCGAGGUGUAUCUAUCGAAUCGCUCAUCGACAAUCAACUUUGGCUCCAAGGACCUAGUUGGUUACAAACCGAAGAUACUCCGAAAGUCGAAAUUAGUUUACCCGAACCACCUGAAAAACGUCGAACUGUAUUGCUGUUAUGUCAAGCAACUACAGAAGCAUUCAUCAGCGAAUAUUCAUCGUACGAAAAGCUGAUUCGAAUGGUUCGAUUGUUUGUAACGUUCUACGCUCGAUUAUCUCAUUACCAAUUGCGAAUUUCGAAGAUCAUGUUCGAAGAUCCACGAUUACCGAUUUACAUCAUCGCUCGAAUUUCUCAGCUUACUUGGUUCAAGAACGAAAUCGAAUCAAUCCAGAAUCAAGUACCUUUGAAAUCUCGUAACACGCUCGCUUCGAUAAGUCCCUUUCUCGAUCAGUUUGGAGUACUCCGGGUAGGAGGAAGGCUUCGAAAUAGUCGCUUCUCUUACGACGUUAAGCACCCGAUCAUCUUACACGGACAGUCCGAGUACGCCAAACUACUCGCUCGACACAUUCACGAAAAGUAUUACCACGCAUCACAAUCGUUUACUCGAUCAUUCAUACUCAGUCGCUACUGGAUAGUUACUGGAGUUCGGCGACUAGUGAAAAACACCAUCGAUAAUUGCGUCUGGUGUACUCGAAUGAAAGCUCAGACAGUUAGCCAAAUCAUGGGUGAUUUGCCUACUGAACGCUUAACCAUCGCUCGUCCGUUUACCAAUGCCAGUGUCGAUUACGGCGGUCCUUUCAUGAUCAGAUGUACUAAUCAUCGAACACCAAAGUACAUCAAAUGUUAUGCCGCUUUCUUCGUUUGCUUGGUGACUCGCGCUGUAUUCAUCGAACCUGUGUCCGAUCUCUCGACGACUGCGUUUUUAGCCGCUUUUCAACGCUUCCGGAAUCGCCGAGGUACUCCUGCGAUAAUGUACUCCGAUAACGGAACGAAUUUCGUUGGUGCUAAGAACGAUCUCGAGAAAAAUAAUCCCGAACUCGCACUCGAAUGGAAAUUUAUUUCUCCUAGAACUCCACACCAAGGUGGAGUCUGGGAAGCUGCGGUCAAAGCUGGGAAAAAGCAUCUACUAGCUGCGACGAAAGGAGCUGUUCAAACCGAAGAAGAAUUCCGAACAGUUCUCACAGCUGUCGAGGCGAUCCUCAACUCUCGACCAUUAUAUGCCUCUUGUAAUUCGACCGAUGUUGAGGAGAUCGAUGUCCUCACUCCAUCCCAUUUCCUGAUUGGUUCAAGUUUGCUCGAAAAGGACGAUCCUAGCCCAUUCGAUAUUACAUUGGGCGAAAGAUUGACGCUUCAACGUCAGAUUAUCGAGUCAUUCUGGCAUAAUCUGAAAUCGAGCUAUCUUGCCAAACUUCAGACUCGCUCGAAAUGGAAAAAAGCCGAACCGAAUCUUUCAAUCGGUGAUAUCGUCAUAUUGAAAGAAAAUUCGUCGCCAUGUUCAUGGCCCCUCGGAAGAAUCAUCGAUGGCAAACCUGAUGCCAAAGGCCACCUACGAAAGGUCUCCGUUAAGGCCAAAGGAUCGAUUUUCCAACGAGGUGUCCAGGAAUUGGUCAAACUUCCAGUCGAAACGAAAAUCGCUGGAGAAUAA